CGUGAAAAUCUGAACUGCGUCUCUCCAUUUUUCCAAAAAUUUUCUCCUCGUUUUCCUCGUGAUUCCAUCUGUACAGACAAUUUAAAGCUCUGAAGCUUUAAAGCGAUCGAAUCUGCACGAUUUAGAUCUUCAACGUUUCACCUGUUCGAGCAAAUGAUGCAGGGAGAGCAACGAGUUGCGAUUCCGGUCAAGUGAAUCGGCGAUUUUCUAUGUGUUGAGGAGGCUGAGACGAUAAUGACCGGAAUCGGCGGAAGAGAGGAGAAUGGAAUCCGCCAGGCUGAUUCCAAUGAGGAGGAGUAUCAGGUGGAGAGCGUUCGUGAUCGGAUUUCAUCGUCGCGAGGGAGUCGAUUUAAUCUGAUUCAGAAACAGUUUAGACUUGAGCCGACUCGCAGACGAUUUAGCCGCGAAAAUCUCAUCAAUGGCAUUAAAUGCCUCGUUAUUCUCCCUGACAGCAGAUGGUAUAGGGCGUGGACAAAGUUCAUACUGAUAUGGGCAAUCUAUUCCUCCUUCUUCACACCCAUGGAAUUUGGAUUCUUCAGGGGAUUACCAGAGAAUCUAUUUAUACUCGACAUUGUUGGGCAGCUUGCUUUCCUCCUUGACAUUGUUUUCCAGUUCUUCGUUGCCUACAGAGACAGCCAGACAUACCGAAUGGUCUAUAAGCGCACUCCAAUAGCCCUCAAGUACUUGAAAUCCACUUUUGUCACUGAUUUGCUUAGCUGUAUGCCCUGGGAUAUCAUUUAUAAGGCCUGUGGGAAGAGAGAGGAGGUGAGAUAUCUCCUAUGGAUUAGGCUAUUCCGAGUGCGAAAAGUCACAGAUUUUUUUCAGACGUUGGAGAAGGAUAUACGUAUUAAUUAUAUGUUCACUAGAAUUUUCAAGCUCCUUGUUGUUGAACUUUACUGCACACACACUGCAGCCUGCAUCUUUUACUAUUUGGCAACUACUCUUCCUGCUUCUCAAGAAGGGUACACAUGGAUUGGAAGCUUGAAAUUGGGAGACUAUAGUUACUCACAUUUCAGAGAUAUUGAUUUGUGGAAACGCUACACCACCUCUUUAUAUUUUGCUAUUGUGACCAUGGCCACUGUUGGUUACGGAGAUAUACAUGCAGUCAACUUGAGGGAAAUGAUAUUCAUAAUGAUUUAUGUGUCAUUUGACAUGGUUCUCGGUGCUUACUUGAUUGGUAACAUGACUGCAUUGAUUGUAAAAGGAUCCAAGACGGUGAAAUUCAGAGAUAAAAUGACAGAUGUAAUGAAAUACAUGAACAGGAAUAGACUUAGCAGGGAAAUCCGUGAUCAGAUUAAAGGUCACUUACGUUUACAGUAUGAAAGUAGUUACACUGAGGCUACUGUUCUACAGGACAUCCCAAUAUCAAUCCGUGCUAAGAUUUCCCAAACAUUAUACUUGCCUUAUGUUCAGAAUGUUUCUCUCUUUAGAGGGUGUUCUCCAGAAUUCAUCAAUCAAAUAGUUAUUAAACUCCAUGAAGAGUUUUUUCUCCCUGGAGAGGUGAUAAUGGAGCAAGGAAAUGUGGUAGAUCAACUUUAUUUUGUCUGUCAUGGUGAGCUGGAGGAAUUGGGCAUAGGACAAGAUGGUUCAGAAGAGACCAUAUCUUUACUGCAACCCAAUAGCUCUUUUGGAGAGAUUUCAAUUCUUUGCAAUAUUCCUCAACCCUAUACAGUUCGAGUGUGUGAAUUAUGUAGGCUCUUGCGCCUUGAUAAACAGUCCUUUACAAAUAUCCUCGACAUAUACUUUUACGACGGGAGGAAAAUCUUGAACAACCUUCUAGAGGGAAAGGAAUCAAACCUUCGAGUUAAGCAAUUGGAAUCUGAUAUCUCAUUUCAUAUUGGAAAACAAGAAGCUGAGCUUGCUCUCAAGGUGAACAGUGCAGCAUAUCAUGGAGAUUUAUACCAAUUAAAAGGUCUUGUUCGAGCUGGAGCUGAUCCAAACAAGACAGAUUAUGAUGGAAGAUCGCCAUUGCAUCUUGCAGCAUCCAGAGGAUUCGAGGAUAUUGUUGGUUUCCUAAUACAGGAAGGAGUAAACAUUGACCUUAAAGAUAACUUCGGCAAUACUCCAUUAAUGGAAGCCGUCAAGAACGGAAAUGAUCAAGUUGCUGUUUUGCUUUCUAAACAAGGAGCUUCAUUGAAGGUUGAAAAUGCUGGUAGCUUCCUCUGUAUAGCAGUUUCAAGGGGCGAUUCAGAUCUUCUCAAGAGAUUAUUGUGCUAUGGUAUUGACCCCAACUCCAAAGACUACGAUUUUCGAACACCAUUACAUGUAGCUGCUUCAGAAGGGCUGCAUUUGAUGGCAAAGUUGCUUUUAGAAUCAGGGGCUAGUGUUUUCUCAAAGGACAGAUGGGGAAACACCCCGCUUGAUGAAGGCCGGAUUUGUGGAAACAAGAACUUGCUAAAGCUCUUGGAAGAGGCAGAAGCUACUCAGUUGUCAGAAACCCCUUAUUCCUCUCGAGAAUUCCCAGCAAAAAAACACUCAAAGAAAUGUACAGUGUUCCCCUUCCACCCAUGGAAUCGUGAAGAAAACAAGAGACCUGGAAUAGUGUUAUGGGUUCCACUCACUAUGGAAGAGCUAAUCGAAGUAGCAUCAGAUCAGCUACAAAUUUCAGACAAAUGUUGUAUAUUAUCAGAAGAUGGAGGUAAAAUUCAUGAUGUUCAUAUGAUUGAUGAAUGCCAAAAGCUCUAUCUUGCUCCUGAAACUCAUUAGAGAGUUGGGGCAAUUGGCUAUUGUUGUGUGCAAUCAAUAAAUUUUUGGUUUCCCAUUCUUCCGCUUGGCAUGUGUAAAUGUAAUGUUUGAUGAAUAAAAAAGUAGAUCAUUUUGAUGCC